AAAUACAAAACAUAAGAAGAAGAAGAAGUAGCGACUGCAACAGUGUGCGUCUGCGAACUCAGACAUUCUUCAGAGAAGAAGAGGAACCUUUCAUAGACUCUUUGCUGCCUGCUUCUCUCUGUCUUGCCUCCACCUGGUGAAGUAAUGGCUCAGCAGUCUCAGUCCGAUGGUUCUCAGACAGCGUUCUCUGUGAGUCGGGGGCUGAACUUUAACAUGAACGAACAGGGUCCCAGUCGCUCAAUGGGGGGUGGGUCCUCGGGCCUUGGGAUGGGCGGGAUGGAGAGCCCAGAUGGAGGUGGUCAUCUUGGCCGUCACAUGAAGCUGUUUUCCAGUUUGGGCCUGUCGCCCUCUGACCUGGACGCUCUGGCUGAACUCCCUGACGAGGACAUCAGCAUGGAAACGCUGCCCCGCAUCCUGAUGCAGCUGAAGAGCCGUAAAGUUGGCGGAGGGGAUCGAGGAGCUGCGUCCUCUUCCUCUGAAGCAGCUUUUCGAGGCGGGCGGGAUAGCUGGGACCCGUCUCUGGGUCAGGGCCUUUCCAGGGUCCAUUCUUCUGGAGACUUUGGCUUCAGCUCCAUGCGGGACAGCUACAGCUCCGGGUACAGCAUGGGGCCAUCAUCAGACCCCAUGUUUAUGUCAAGGAGGAUGGGCACACCUUCAAGCGGGAAGAUCCAGGACUUCCUGGGAGUCAUACCCCCCAUGUUCCCUCACGUGUGCUCUCUUUGUGACUUUGAUGUUCAUUCCACCAUGGAGUGGGACCAGCACCUUAAUGGCCUCCGACAUGCUGAGAACAGGCGAAGGCUUCUGGACAUGUAUCCAGACUGGGAACCUGGUAGAAGGGAGACCCCCAACCUUUCUGCAGGUCUUCUGGGCCCAGCCCCCAUGUCCACCGGACCCAUAGGAGGGAUGUCCUCCAGCUGGGGAGGCCGCGGUCGCUCUGAAAACAUGAUGGGACCCAACGUGUCUCGGAGCAGAGUGGUGGUGGUGAAGUACGAAAGGAAGCCCCUAAGCAACAAGACGCUGUUUGCCUUCACCGAGACCUUCGGGCGACUCAGAGAGCACCUGAUUCUCAACAACAAGGCCUUCCUGGAGAUGGAUACUCAUGAAGCAGCUCUGAGCAUGGUCAACUACUACCAGCAGCAUCCAACCAAGCUGUAUGGAAAACCAGUCACCUUCUACCUGUCCAAGAGGCUGAUGGCCAUUGAGAAAUCCCACCGGUCGUCUGAUCUGCCGAUGGAGAAGCCCAACAGGGACGUCACCGGCCAAGGCAGCAAGGUGGUGUUCUUUGCCAACCUGCCCAAAGAUGACGAGAAGAAGAAGGAGCUCCUGACCAUCUCCAGACGCUUUGGUACCGUGGACAAGCACCUCUUUCUGACUGACCAGGCGUUUGUCCAACUGGGAACUGUGGAGGAUGCAGAGAUGCUGGUGAAGUAUUACAGCAUGAACCCGCUCAUCAUCAAAGGAAGGCUGAUCCGCCUCAACAUCUGCACCAAAUACAAAACCCUCAAUGUGAGCCACAGGCAGGGGGAGAAAGACACUCAGAGCCGUAGGAGCAGCAGGUCAGAAACCUCCAGGACGUCCAAGUCUUCAUCCAAGGGGAGAGAGGAGAGGAAGAAGAGGGAUGACAAUGAUGACAAAGAAAAACCUGCAGGAGAGGGGGAGGACAAAGAAGAAGAACCUGAAGAAAAGCAGGGGGGACAGAGGGAGGGGUUAACGAGUGAAGACAGUGAAGAUGAAGAGCAGCCUGAGAGAUCUGAGUCUGCGAAGGAGGAGGAUGACGACCAGCGGGAAGAGAAAAACAAGGAGGAGGACUCUGGUGACGAUGACGCAGCAGAGGACGGGGCUACAAAGGAGGCAGAGUCAGAGGAUAAGACCGGACCUGGUGGUCCUACAGAUGAGUCAGAAAAGAAGGAGAACGUUGACGCAGACGAGAGCAAUGAGGCGGCAGAAGGAGACGAGCCUGAGGAAGAGUUUGACCAGAGCUUCUUGGAGAACAUGGAGGACUUUGUGACGCUGGAUGAGCUGGAAGACGAUGAAGGCGACGCCUCCAUAGACUCCAGUGGCAUCGACAACACACGGAGAGGGGGUAUGAGGGUCAUCAACAUCCUUGGCUUCAGGAGGGGCUACAACUUUCUCAACGACAUUCUGGCGCUCGCCAAACCUUUUGGAAAGGUGGUCAAACACCUGGUUCUGGACCUGAGGCCUGAGGCAUACAUCCAGUUUGAGAAAGAGGAUGAAGCCAUUGCCAUGGCCAAGUUUUAUAACGGUAAUGUGACGCCGAUGGUGUGCGGCCGGGCAGUGAGGGUCACCCAUUCCCUGAGCUACCCCACCAUCCAGUGUGGCUCCAGCCGGGUCAUCUAUAUCGGUCAGAUUCCCAACGUUAACUACUCAGACCAGGACAUCCUGAAGCUGGCAGAGCCAUAUGGGAAAAUCCAGAAGUACUUCUUGCAUCGGCUCAGGAGAGAGUGUUUCAUUGAGAUGGAAAAGGCUGAAUCUGCAGAGAAGAUGGCUGAAGCCUGUAAGGGGAAGCAGCUGAAGUUUCAAGGGAAACGUCUGACCAUCUAUGUGAGCCGGAAGUACAAACAACUCAAACAUGGCCAUCGAUAUCCCAUCACCAUUAAGAGGGAGGCAAGCAGAUCUCCAGAGAGACCCAGCAAGACAGCUGAAGAACCGCCUGCAAAGAAACAGAAACCGGAGGCAGAGUCUGAAGAAGAUGAGGUGAAAGCCGAGGAGGAGGAAGAUGAGGGGGAGGUGGAACAAAAGGAAGACGAGGCAACAGCAAAAGACAGCUGUGACAUCACUGAAGAUGAGAAGAUGAAGAAGCAACCAGCUGAGAAGCUUCCAGAAGAUUCUGAGGAGAUGAGCCUCAGUAAAGAGGAGAAGGAUGAGGAGAUGGACACAUCGACCAAUCAGAAUGGGCAGACAGAGGCUCUUCCCCCUGCCGACGAAGCGCCCAGUGUGGCUGGGUCCAGCGUGGCAACCCUCCCACCAUAUGACCCUGACACCCCAAUAGGGGUGGAGCAUGUGAAGAUGGGUUACUACUGUCGCAUCUGCUUCCUGUUCUACUCCAACGAGGACAAGGCCAAGAAGGUCCACUGUAGCAGCCAGGCGCACUAUGACAAGCUGCAGAAACAUCUGGAGAAGCAACAAGCCAAAGCACAGAAGAUGAAGACGACAAUGGCAUGAAGACUCCUGAAGCACAGUUUUAUGGUUUCAUUUUUAUACUUUGUGUAGUUUAGUUUAUGGUGACACCACUGACCAAUCAGAACCGUUCCAGUGUUCCCAGCUGGUACAGUGUGUAAGGAUGCAGAUCUUGUGUUCAGAACAUUUUAGUGUUGGACUUUUUUACAAAAUAUUCUGAAACUUACUCAGAUUCAAAGUUGGUUUAUUUGAAACUUGUAGUUAAAACAAACUGGUUCUGCUGAAUAAAUAUUUUCAGCUGACAAACACACACACA